CUAUUAAAUUAAGCUGAUCAAAAUUAUGCAAUCCCCCCACAUGGAAAAACACAUUAGCUGAAUGUAGCACAACUGUGCCUUAUGGAACCCAUGCUUUCUAUAUAUAUUCCUUUUCCUCCUUUAAUUUUCUUUUAAUUAUUUCUUUUUUUUCUCUUUUUCUUUCCUCUUUACACAAAUCCUUUUUCUUUUUAAGGGAAUCAUAAUUCCCAAGCCUAGCAUAGCAGGGUCUAUUUAUUUUUAUGCACCCACCCACUCAUUCUUUCUAUACCACACUAAUCAAAUUCUCAACCAUGAGAAAACGUAUCAAUAUGGAAAGUGAUGCUGACUUCAAUUCCUUUGCCACUUCUACUCCUUCAAUCUUCUUUGACACCAACACUUCUAGCACAUCCUCCUCCUCCUCCUCCUCCUCAUCAUCAUCAUCAACAUCUCCAACCUCAAACAAAGAUUCAUGCACCAAAGAACACACCAAAACCCCUCAAAAUGACUCAACCAUUUCUCAAACCUCAUUAGAAAAUAAAAAGGACUCAAAAGAGUGCAAGAAGAGGCAGAGAGACAAUAGCAACCAGAAUCACCACCCUACUUAUAGGGGUGUAAGGAUGAGGAAUUGGGGCAAAUGGGUGUCCGAAAUUCGCGAGCCGAGAAAGAAAUCAAGAAUAUGGCUUGGAACAUACCCUACAGCAGAAAUGGCAGCUAGAGCACAUGAUGUGGCUGCCUUAGCCAUCAAGGGCCAUUCAGCAUACCUCAAUUUCCCUGAAUUGGCUCAAGAACUUCCAAGGCCUGCUAGCACAUCUCCUAAGGACAUUCAAGCUGCAGCAUCAAAAGCUGCAAACACUGCCUUUGAGGUGGUUAAGCAUUGUCAAAUAACUGAAGAACAAGAACAAGAACAAAACCAAGCAGAACAAGAAACAUCUUCAACUCUCUCAAUGGACAACACUCAAGAGCCUUCAAGUUCUCACUCUACCAAUGAUGAUGACACUUUGUUUGAUCUUCCAGAUCUUUUCCCUGAUGGAAACAAUGGACUUUGCUCUUUUUCUUCUUGGCAUUUGUGUGCAGUUGAUAGUGGCUUUAGGCUUGAGGAAUCAUUUUUUUGGGAGAACUAUUAGAAUUUUAGAGCCUUGUUUUUUUCUUUUCUUUUUUUCAAGUAAAAUACAGAGUUAAAUAAAAAUAAAAGGUAAGAGAGCAACAUGCUGAGUUUUUCUUCUUUGUUUAGUCACUGCAACUGCAUUAUGCAAAGAGAAUAACCAGUUGAAGAAGACUUUACAUUUUUAUCUGUAAAUGGGUGCUGUCUAUUGCUAAUAUAUUUUGUCCAAUAUAGUUUUAUUUUAUAUUUAUUUUUUCUGUUUUGUUGAAUAAAGGUUUAGGUGAGCAAAGACUAUUCCAUGAUCUAGUAAA